AUGUCUGAUGUUGCCUUGAAAUCUAUCUCCAUCAUAAUCGGAGGAUUUUUCAUCCUUUUUGGUGUUCUCAAAGUGGUACCUCUGUUCUCUACAGAUCUCUACCGUGAUGUGCGCGGGAUAUUUGAGCGCAGUGCCAAAGUCUUCCCCCUGCAGCAGUUCACGGGCUGGAGACCGAAAGCGGAUUCUUUGCGCCGCUUUUAUGGAGCAGUCGAGAUGGUCUGUGGGGUGGUGCUGAUGGUGGGUCAGGAGAACAUUGCCGAUUUGGCAAACAUGGCGCUCAUAGUUCUCCUAUUUUUUGUACUCUUUGCCAAUUGGGCCCUUGGUGAGGGCCUCAAGGAGGCUUCCCAUGCCAUAGUUCUUGGUCUUGUCCUCACCUGCCGCUUCGUUAUUCGUCUUCAGGUUACUCUCGAUACGGGCUAG